UGAGGUUUGCGCAGGAUGGGCAACACCGAGCUCGACGAGCAGCCGGAGAAGAGGUCACCCGAUGCCAACGGUGCCGUCGCCCCGAUUCCGGGGGGAGCCGCCGGACGGCGAGAGCUCAUCGGCAGGCUCAUCACGCACGUGGAGAAGGACAACCGCCGGCUGCUGCAGAAGAUGAGAGACAGGAUGGACAGGGUAGACGUGCAGGAGCCGACGAUAGAGGUGAGAUUCAGGGACCUCAGCGUGGAAGCGGAGUGCCGGGUUGUCCAAGGAAAGCCCCUUCCUACGCUGUGGAACUCUGCUCUCGCAGUCACUUCCGUGAGUUUUUUUUUCUAUUACACUGACAACACACACUAACACACAUCACUAUAUAUAC